AUGAUUCGUGCCGAUCAUGUUUCCUGCAGUGAAUUCAUCCUGCAGCUGAACAAACAAGCAUCACGCUGCAACUAUGGUGAUCGCCUGGAAGAACAAAUGCGUGACCGCUUGGUGGCAGGCAUCAAUAAUCCGACUCUUCAACGAAAGUUGCUGGAGAAGAAAGAUUUAACUUUUGCUGAUGCCCGCAAGAUCUGUGAGCAACACGACGACCUGAUGAAAGCCACUUCCAGUGAAUCAGUCACAUUAUUCCAACGGCAGAAGACACGACCAACCCGAUCUCCAUUACCCAAUUGUGUACCAAAGCCGCAACACGACUCUUCAAGCAACGAAAAACGCAUCAAUCCCUGUUUGUCAUGCGGAGCUUACUAUCUGCCGCUUCCGAAAUGCCAAGUGUCAUGCAUGCGGGAAAACCGGCCACAUUCGGAGAGUGUGCAAACAGCCCCGUUGCAAUCUUGCACAACCGACUGCUGCGAAUGA